AUGGCACGAGAACGCGGUCUGGGGUUAAAAGCACAUUCCCCAGAUGGCAUUGACGACAAUGAUUGGAUAUUUGUCUCGUGGAGUGCGGAGUGGACCCAGUUUCAGACCCGCGAUGCCUCGCGUCAAUUCCUCCGCGAUCAAAUCACCCGCGGACUUUUCUCUCCCCACAAUAUCAUGCAGACGCGUUCGCGCCCCCCAAGAGCACCGCUCGCAGCCCAAGCGUGUGACCCCUGUAGACGACGCAAGAUCCGCUGCGAUACAAGACGGCCCCAAUGCUCGAACUGCCGGACUCUCGCUAUCGAGUGUCACUAUAACACCCAGAGAAAGAAACGAGGUCCCAAGCCCAGGGCUUCACGGCCUGACAGUGACUCCAUCCAGGUUACUCUAUCACCAAGUGACUCCAGAGCCCCAAUCGCCCCGGAUGUCUUCGGCGACAGCCCAUGUUUCCCUGUGUCUGAAGAUGAUCCAAUCUCUCCCAUGCAUCAUACCUCCCCGGCCGUAUUGGUUGAAUGGAGUACCCGACCGCUCCAAGUGCAUCGGGCCCUCAACGCCGCUAUAGAUGCCAUGGGGCUAUCUUUGGAGCAGACUGUUAAGGAGUGCCUGGAGAGAUGCAUGCUAUGGAGCUUUGCUACAUUACCAUUGAUCCACCCAUCAACCUUCAGUCGCAACAUCCCUCUUCUCUUACCCUCUUCUAUGCAUCGUUUUCAAGCGAGCACACAGAGUCAACCAGCGAUGGAGGAUCUACGAGCAUUCUCUCUCCUGACUACCGUCUGUGCCUUGGUUUCCCGUCGCAUGGGUCGUGGCUCUACGAAUAUCCGAAUGGACGCCUUACUCCUCCCCUUUCUCACUGCAUCGCGGGAUAUGCUAUACUGCUUUGAGGACUGGGAUAUCGAUCAUCCUGACUCGAGCUCGCUUGUAAUCAGGAUUAGCCAGUCAACCGCCUACCAUUAUACAGGCCAGACAUCCCGGUCGUGGUAUCUUCUGGGCGAUGCACUCCGUCUCGCAAUGAGCAUGAAACUCUUCGACGAGUCAUCCUAUCUCGGUAUAAACCCUCUAGAAGCCCAACUCAGGAGAAACGCAUUCGCCACGAUCUACGCGGGCGACAAAUCCGCUUCUUUCCUGAACGGCAUGCCAAUCUGUUACUACGGAGUCUAUGCAGACGCACUUGAAUCCGACCCGCUACGCUGGGAAGACGGGUUCAAUCUUCUCGACCCUGAAGACCCCAGGUUCCACCCGCCGUUCGAAAACCGCCUCAAUAAAGGCGUCUACCUCUCCUUCCGGCUCUGGACAAUGGCCGCCGAGCUUAUGAACUAUCUCGGCGUUGCAGCCAGUCUCUCUGCCCAACCUAGCUAUGACGCCUCAUCUCCAGAUUCAGCAAAGAUAGGCAUCACCCAGUCCUACCUUUCUUUCUGCGGCAUCCUCGAUACCCUUCCGGCAUGGCUCCGCAAUCCAGACGGCCACAUCGCUGAAUCCGAAGAAGCUACCAGCUACCAGCGCAGCGCAUUCUGGCAACAACGAGCUAAUUUAGUAAUAACCUUCCACUGCCUUCGAAUCCUCAUCCUCCGUAAGGCCAGCCAGCUGGGCCUCAGCUACCUCUUCGGGCUAACGGAUAACCCUGACAUGCUGGCUCUGCGCAAGAUCGAUUUCGCGAGUGACUUGGCCGCAGCGUCCGAGAUUAUUCCAUUCGAGGCGUUGCAAGCGAACGGGGAACCUUUGAUCGAAAAGCUAAGGCAGGUCGGUGUCACUCUGCUCGAAAUCAUACAUCAGUGUCAGAAUCGAGCUAUUACUUCGCGCGCACGCUCGCUUUUGCAUACCUUAAUUGAGGUGGUUGCGGGUUUGGACUCGCGCGUGUCGGAUGGACUGAGGCCGCCGGAGGUUAGUUGA